AUGGAGGAUUGGUCGGUGUUUCCUCAGAACUGGUACGACGUGUCGAACGAGUCGGCGGCGACGUUGAUAGAUUUGUGGCCGCCGACGGACAUGGAGAGGCGGCAAGAGGAAUAUGCGAAGAACGGAACGCGGCACACGGCGGUGUUGGUGAUUCUUGCUCACAGAUUUUUGUUACCGCACCUAUUGGUGGUGAAAAAGGAGAAGAGUUUGGGGUUGUUGUCGAUAGAGAUUAAGCCCACACAGAAGUCUGCGGAGGCUCAGGUGACAGAGUAUCUUAGCGUCAUCUUUACCGGUGGCGAAGUUCGACUUGGUGAACUUGUAGGCAUGGCCUGGGUCACAGGGGCAGCUAAUUAUGAUGAUCCCGUCCCGGUCCUGCCUGUACACUGCACACGCCCUCGAGAGAAAAUCUCAUUCUACCAAGUCACUCUCGGCCAUGUCGGAGUCUUCCGACUACCUGAACGGUCACAUCUCAAAGCCGUCCCCCUAUCUGACUUACAACACUGGUUCAAACAUAUCCCAUACAUCAUCUCCAAAUAUAAGCUCGUCUGCUACGGACGAGAAGACAACACCUCUACCAACUGA